AUGACUGGAGCUGCUGUGUCCGUGUGCCUACUUUUUCUCCUGUCUGUAUGUUCAGCCUGUUACAUUUCUAACUGUCCUAUCGGUGGGAAGAGGUCCAUAAUGGAUGCACCACUGCGCAAGUGCAUGUCAUGUGGCCCCGGAGAGAGGGGCCGCUGCUUCGGCCCAAGUAUCUGCUGCGGGGAGGGCCUCGGCUGUCUGCUGGGCUCCCCAGAAACAGCUCACUGUGUGGAGGAGAACUACCUGCUCACCCCUUGCCAGUCAGGAGGGAGACCCUGUGGAUCUGAGGGCGGACGCUGCGCUGCUUCAGGGCUCUGCUGUGAUGCAGAAAGCUGCACUACAGACCAAUCCUGUCUCAAUGAGGAGGAAGGAGAUGACCAAACCAGCCUAUUGGAAGGCAGCGACCCCAGUGACAUCAUCCUCAGGCUCCUGCAUCUGGCUGGUCACACUUCUUCUCACCGAAUUCACUAAUGAGCUGCUCCUGCCACCAAGGUCUCAUGGGAAACUUUUCAGCUGUAUAGACAAA